AGGCCUUCUCUCAGCGCUUCAAGUGCGAGGGCUUGGAACAUCUGCAUCCGGAGGAGAGAGAGAGAGAGAGAGAGAGAGAGCGAGAGCGAGGGCGAGAGGUCCGGCUUACAUGCAGGCUUCCGAAAAAACGGAAAGAGCAACAAAGAAGCGGAAUCCGAGCAACUCCACCUGGUGGGUCCAAGUGCCGGCGAUCUAGUGUUUUUUGGUCCAAGUGCUGUGCGAAUGUUCGUAGAGCAACAACCCUGUGAGCAUCUUCAAUCAGCUGAUGAUAUCUUCUCUUGAAUUGGAAAGAGAGAGUUGGAUGGAAACGGUGGAAGGGAGUGGGAGUGAGGUUGUAGGCAGAUUCGGACAUGUGAUUGUAUCAUUUGUAGAGUCGUCGGAGUCGUAGAGAUGCAAGAUUGGGACCUUGGCUCAGACCUCUAUAGCUUCUAAACCUGAACUAUGGAGAUUACGGCAGUGUCUGGGAAGAGACUUGCGGAGCUUGAUGAGGAUGAGUUGCGGUACAUGGUGGAAAGUGGGAAAACUGUUCGGGACCUCAAGCGACGUCUUUCAGCUCAGGUUGGGCACACAAGGUUUCAGCAAAGACUCAUGGUCAGUGGCGAAGGUGACGAAUUGCAGGAUGACAUGCCUUUGAGACCACUGCCAAGUGUACAGCUGGUUUUCCUGCCCAUUUGUGCUCAUGAUGAGACUAUGGACGGCGAUCUAAUCCAGAACUGCCGGGAGAAUCAGGUGAGUCAUGUUGAAAGAUUGCUUCAAAAACCACAGCGCCCAAGCGAAAGGGCUUUGAUUGCUGCAGUGAUGGAAGGCCACGUGGGAGUUGUCCGAUUGUUGCUUGAGGCUGGAGCUGACAAAGAUGCAGCAACGACAGAUGGGACAACAGCUUUGGCUCUUGCCGCUCAAGAGGGCCACGCGGAAGUUGUGCGCUUGUUGCUUGAGGCGGAAGCUGACAAAGAUGCAGCAGACACAGAUGGGAUGACAGCUUUGCUUGUUGCCUCCCAGAACGGCCUCUUGGGAGUUGUCCGACUGUUGCUUGAGGCUGGAGCCGACAAAGAUGCAGCAACAACAGAAGGGGCAACGGCUUUGUAUAUUGCCACCCAGAACGGCCACUUGGAAGUUGUGCAAAUGUUGCUCGAAGCUGGAGCUGACAAAGAUGCUGCAAAGACAGAUGGGGCAACGGCUUUGUUUCUUGGCGCCCAGGAAGGCCACUUGGAAGUUGUGCGAUUUUUGAUUGAGGCUGGAGCUGACAAAGAUGCAGCAAAGACAGAUGGGGCAACGGCUUUGAUGGUUGCCGCCCUGAACGGCCACUUGGAAGUUGCGCAAAUGUUGCUCGAAGCUGGAGCUGACAAAGAUGCAGCAUCGACAGAUGGGUUAACAGCUUUGUUUCUUGGUGCCCAGGAAGGCCACUUGGAAGUUGUGCGGUUUUUGGUUGAGGCUGGAGCUGACAAAAAUGCAGCAACGACGGAUGGGGCAACGGCUUUGUUUCUUGGUGCCCAGGAAGGCCGCUUGGAAGUUGUGCGAUUUUUGGUUGAGGCUGGAGCUGACAAAGAUGCAGCAACGACAGAUGGGGCAACGGCUUUGGCUAGUGCCGCCCAGGAGGGCCACUUGGAAGUUGUUCGAUUGUUGCUCGCGGCUGGAGCUGACAAAGAUGCAGCAACGACGGAUCGGCAAACAGCUUUGUUUGUUGGCGCCGAGUACGGCCACUUGGAAAUCGUGCGAUUGUUGCUGGAGGCUGGAGCUGACAAAGAUGCAGCCACCACAGGUGGGGAAACGGCUUCGUCUAUCGCAGCGCAGCGUGGCCAUUUGGCCAUUGUGCACGCCAUUGCUGCUUCAAGAACGAGCUGACAAAGGUGCAUCAAAGAGAAAUGGGGCUGAGUUUGAAGAUUCGUAGUAGGAGCAUGACUUGGGUUUUGGUUUGGUUGGUUUCUCCAGUGAAAAUUCUCCAACCUCCUGUUGUCCGUUCCAACGGUUGGGUUCAAUGUUGCCGUCCAGGCUAUCUCUCACAUUUUGAACCACAAGCCUGGGUGAACAGCGACACCUCAAAAAAGAUCCUUCUUGACAUCAGAAGUUGAUUGGAGAGACAUGGUAGGAUGCUAUCCGUGCUGUUUGCUUUCAGGACAAGGUCUUCAUUUGUCCGCAGGACAACAAGG